CAAGAUAACUACAUAUUCUGUUGUGAUAUAGCCAACGACUUAGGGUUCGCGACGACUGGGAACGGUAUUCGCGCAAGAAGUAGCUUGUGCCCACGAGUCGAAACUCCAUCCCUCUGUAUUCUAGACUUUAUCAACACAGCAAAGCAUGUGUAACUAGCCAAUAUCGUGCUCGUUCGCGUGGCUUUGCGGGUCACGGACAGUGCUGCAGCGCCGAUGGACGCGACGUGCAGCCUGGGCAAUGCACCAAGUUGCCACGCGUCGCAGGGCUUCCCGCAAUCCCAGAAACGGGGCGAAACACUGCAUCCUGCUGGAUACUCACAGGCACAGUCGGCCGGACACGAGUGCCCACCGACUUGUGCCGCGCUACAGUACCGGUCACAACAACUAGGGCCCAGCGGCAGCGACGAGCACAGCUUGGACGCCACCUCGUAUCAUGUGCCAAAUUCGCCAUCGUCACGCCCGAGCUCGAACUGCGGCACUGCGGCCGCGUGCCCCGACGCGUCGCUGGAGGUUGCCAAGGCGGCCAAGGGCGCCAGCAUAUGCAGCCCGCGCCAAAGCGCGAGCCAGCUCGUUGCGCACACCAUCACUGCCGCCGCGGCCGCAACAAGGGAGCUGCCCAACAGCCCAUCGCCAAACAGCGCCUCAGAGCCGCUGGUCCACCUGCACAUACAAUCACCGCCGCCUGCCGCCACCGCGGCCACGCACCACAGCACCCAUGGCUCGCCAACUCCCUGGCCCCAGCAGCACACGUGGGCAGCCACAGCUAACGCUGAUACGGCCACCGCCGCGCCCAUCCUGGGCCCUCACCAUGGCCAGGACCAGGUCCAGCGCCGCCGCAGCGGCGUCGCCGUGGCGGCCGUCCUCGCCGCUGUGCCUGGCCCAGGCCUCGCUUCCUCGCGGGUAGCUCCUGCUGCACUCGCGCAGGCGUACCUCCAAUCGCACCUCCACCAACAGUUCGUCGCCCUGCCAGCUGGCCGGCAGUUCGCUCCCGCUGCUGUAACCACGGGUGCGGACUGCAGCGACCCCAUGCACACCGACUCGACCGACGAGGGCACAGGGUGCAGCGGCGUGGCGCCGCCGCACGCCGCCGCCGCCGCCGCCACCUGCGAAGCAGCAACAGCGGCGCCAGCCGCCGCUGCUGAGGCGCCUGCCGCUGCCAACGCUGAAGCCACAGCUGCAGCCGCAGGCGCGCUGGACGCGGACACUGCCGGAGCUUUGUUCCGAGUGAACAGCCUCGCCAUGUCUGACCCUGAGGUGGACCUACUAGAUGCCCUGCUCAAGGGCAGCAGCGAUGACGCCGACGACGUUGAGACCGACGGCGGCACCGGGGCGGUGGGUGGCGGCUGUCUUGGCGCUGAGGGCGCCGGUGUCGGCGGCGUCGAGGGCGCUGGCUCGGGCCCUGUGGGCGCCUUUGGCAGCGCGCGGGCGGUGCGGCCAACCUCAUUCGGCGGCGCCAUCGGACCAUUUGCGGAGGCGUCACUGCAGCCCACGCUGUCUGAUUACAGCGGCCGCGCCUCCCCUGGGGAGCUCGAGGACGACGCUGUGCUCCUAGCCGGCCUGGAAGCGGCGGCAGACCAGCUGGAGGCGGACAGUGCUGUUGCGGCGGCGGCUGCCGCAGCUGCAGUCGCCGCAGCGGGGGCGCCAGCACCCGAUGGCAUGGGCCGCAGCAUGGGCGCAGCCGGCGGUGGCGAGGGCGCCGCGGCGGCGGCGCAGCUGCCUCAUGCGCACCUGCAGGCGCUGCACCACCAGCCUCACCUGCUCAACGCCUACAGCGAGCCACUGCCCUUCUCCGCACCGCUGCCGCACCACCUGGCACUGCACCCCAACGCGCCGGGCAGCCUCGCGCCGGGGCCUGCCGCGGCGCCGGUUCCUGCCACCGCCGCGCCUGCCGCCGCUGCGCCGCUAUCGUUCGCCGCCGCAUCGCCUGGCCACGCCAUGUCGCCUGGCCCCGUGCCGCCCGCGCCGCGCAUGAUGAGGCCGCACGCCGCUGCCCUGAACACCGCUGCCGCCUCGCCGCCAGCGCCCUCGCCGGGCUCGCCUUGCAUGGGCGGCGCCACUGUGGGCAGCAGCAGUCCGCCGCACCUGCAGCACCAGUCCAGCGCGCAUGCGCGCAUGCCGCACCGACUCUCCCGCACCGUAGCCAUUGUGGAGGAGCACGGCUUGCUGCCGCCCGCACACUCGGCACCGGCGGCUAACGGCGGCAAUCCCCACCCGCCGCCGCCGAUGCCCGCGACUGGCGCGGUGUCGUCUGGCGGCGCCUGCUCGCCCAUGCACGUGGAUGUGGGCGCAAGCAUGGAGCCGCGUGUCGGCAGCUGUCACUCGUUCGGUGCCUGCGGCGGCAGCUCCGGCGGCGGCGGCGGCACACAGUGUGGCGGCGGCAGCGGCAGCACGGCUCGGGCGACAGCGGCGCAUGCAGGCUGCGACCAUCACAGCUCGGGCGGCGGCGGCGGCCACGGGGGCAGCACAAGCGGUGCUGAUGGUGGCGCCACCAGCGCUGACGACGCGGGGCCGCACCUGCAAGCUCUGCAGGCCGCCCGCGCACCCGGACAGCACGCGAGCCCCUUUGACAUCAGAGGCAAGCGCGUGCGCCUGCAGGAUGCACCUGCACCCACGUCGUUGGCCCCUGGGCCAGCACCACCGCCGCCCACUGCGGCCGCCCUCGGCGCCGCCGCUGCAGCCAAGGGAUUCGGCCGGCCUAGCAGCCCCAGCAGCCACAGCCAUAGCAUCGGCGACCCGAUGAGCAUCAGCACGGCGGCGGCCGACCCAUCUGGCGGCGGCUACCCGCAUCCGCACCAGACCUACGCGCCGUACCACCCGGCGUACGGCAUGUACCCGCCGCCCGGCCCGUACGGCAUGCCAUACGACCCCUACUACCCGUACGGCUACCCACACCCGCACCACCAUCCCGGCUAUCCCGAGACCGCGCCGCCCCCACAUGGCGCAUCUGACCCGUACGGGGGCCACCACCACCCCGCUGGAGCCCCAUACGACAUGGCGGCGGCGGCGGGUGGGCCUCGCGCGCCCAUGCACUACCCUGGCUUCAUGGUUCCCCGCCAGCGGCUGUACCGGCGCUUUAUGUCGGGCCUGCGCGGCCGCGACGCCGCGGUGCCGCCCGAGCUCACGGCCUCAGGGGCCCUGCCGGCGGCCGCGCACGCGCCUGCAGGCGCCGCAGAGGGCGCUGCCAGUGCGGGCGCGGGCGGCAGCGGCCCCUGGCUGAUGUCAAUGGGCUCGGCGCCGGUGUCGUCGGCCGCUGCAAGCGCGGCAGUGGCGGCGGCAGACGUGGCCGCUGCGGGGCAGCUGUCCAACCAGCGUGGCGAUGCGGCUCGCUUGCGUGCCGCCAGCGCCGCUGGUGUGAGCAAGGAGGCAUCAGGUCUGGCGGCAACUGAGGCUGACGGCAUGCAGGCUGCGCGCGAGUGCCACGACAUUUUUGCGGGCGAUGAUGUGGCGCUGCCGCUGCCGCGCUCCACCGUGGACGGCAUCCGCCAGGAGCUGCGCGCAGUGACUCAAGAGCUCAUCCAGCGCCGCAUGGGAGCUGCGGCCGCGGUGGUGGCAUGCGGGGGCACUGCCGUCCCAGAAGGACCCGCGGCUGGCGCCACACAGGGCCCCUUUCUGCAGCCACGGACCUCGCUGCCUGUGUUGGAGGCAACAUCCAGCGUUCCCAGCCGGCCGCCUGGCGCGCCCAUGCAGCUCGGCAGCGCCUCGUGUGUGUCGGCACCGCCGGGCCACAGCGGCCACCCCCACACAUCGGUCCUGCAUAAGCGGCCCUCCACUGGGCCAGACGGCAGCUCCACCUUCUCGCCGCCGCGCAUCCGGCCGGCACCAUCUGCACCCGCAGCCAACGUCUUUGCCGCGGCUUUCGGCCAUGCCGGCGCCGCAGCGCCGCUGCCAAUAAGUGGGCCUGACGCGGGCGUGAGCAGGAGCAAUGGCGGUGCCGGCACCUGCAGCACAGCGGUGCCUGCCUCGAUGAAGCCGCCCCUGCUGUACGCGUCUGACUUGUGCGGUGCCUCGCAGCCGCCCGUGGGCAGCCCGCCUGCCAUGCGCCAGCUCUUCCCGGGACCAGCCGGUCCGGGCGCUCCGGCCUUUGGCAUGCGGCCCAGCUCUGCCUCCGCGCCGCUAGCGGGGCCGCGGCCAACCAUGUCGGGCUCCACUGCGUCAGUGUGCCAUAGCGCCUCGGGCGCGCACCCGCUGCCCCCCAUGCCGACGGUGGCGGCGCAACGUAUGGAGGAGGGGCGGUCUGCACACCAACAGCCGCAGCAGGUGCAGGCACAGGCAGCUCAGUCGCAGCACCCGCACCUGCAGCAGCUGCAGCGCCCGCAGUCACACCCACACCAGCAGCACCAGCUGCAGCCGCAGCAGCACGUGACGCACCUGCCCCAGGGCAGCAGUGCGGCGGCGCCGAUGGCAAACCGCGGUGCCUACCAGGUCGGCCAGCAAGGCAGCGUGGCUGCGGAGGCAGAGGGCGAGGUGGAGGGUGGCGAGGAGGUGCACGGCCCUGACACGGCGACGGCCAUGUGGAUACACAGGAACAGCACAACCAACGGCGGCACAUCGGCAGGCGGCGGCGUCGGCGGCUCGUCGGCCGCGGUGACCGGCGCAGCGCAGCCGCCUAGCGCCCGAGUAGCAGCAGCAGGACCGGGGCCAGGGGCGCCGCCGGCGGCAGGCUACUAUCCGCCGCCGCCAGGACCGUACGAUUAUCACGGCUACGGUGCAUACUACCCGCCACCGCCGCAUGCCGUGUAUGGCUCGCGCCCCGGGUACGGUAUGUACCCGCCGCCGACGUACGGCGUGCCGCCGCCAGGAAGCUACCGUGGCGGCAUGUACGGGAUGCACCCACCACCGCCGACCUACGGCCCCACUGCAUGGCCUGACUAUUGCAUGCCGCUACCUGGCUCAGGCGCUCCGCCCCCAGGAGCACCCAGGUCCUAGGCGUGAGCAGAGAUACCACAGCCUGAUCAAGGCCUGCAUUGCUUGGCAGCCGCUGCGGCAGGGAAUGGCUCACAGAAUGCACGUGCGCAUGACUUCUUUGAUGUACUUCGACUAGUGCUUGAUUCGAUAGGGAAGCCGAUUGAUUGCGCAAGCUGGCUGCACAUAAAUACUAUUGAUGCACACUGAGGGGACCUGUGGCAUGUAGAAAGUAGGGACUAGGAAGCUCUUAGGCAUCUCGGCAUAGCCGAGUAUCUUGCUCCAUUCGCACCACCCUAGCACAUAUUUCCUGGUUGCUGUCGUGAUCGAGGCUCUCUUCUUGGUGUAUUUCAACAUUGUGCACUGCUGCCACCUACAGCAGCGCGUGGCACUGGGCGGCCAUGUCCUCUCCUACCUCUCAUUGCCCAUCGCCGCAAGGUCUUGCGUUCGAGUGCAUCGAUCUAGUUUCUUGAAUAGCAAGCAGCAUUUAUUGCCUAGCAAGGUCCCUACACUGGCAUGCAAGGAAAGGAACUAUUCGGAUAGAGCACGCUAGGCAUGAUGUAUAUGCUCGGAGUUUUGGCGGAUCCUAACGCCGCGUCCUAUUCUUUGACUUGACCUGGACCGUUGAUAUGCUGGCCGCGGCUCUCUAUCAUAUGCACUGUUGUCACUUAACGUGCAUGAGCGGGAGUGAGGGCUGGCGUUGUACACUUGGGGGUGUUCGCAUGGAUUACACGCUGUGUUCGGGGGACACGCAGUGCUGCACCUGUGGCGUGACGCAGGCAGUUUACUCUAUGCCGCAACGGUCUGUAUGCAGGAGGGGCCGCAGUUGACACUAUGCUGCAAGCCUGCAACUGAUGCGUCUCUAGUUACUUGCAGAGGUGGUUUCGUGGGCUGUGGAAAUGCGUGCAGCGCGCUGUGCCAGCUGCUGGGAGAAGCAGCGGCGGCGGGAGUGUGCAUGACUGCAGGCGUCACGGGCUGCUGUAAGGUCCGGUGCGCACCAGCCGCAUCUCUCUGGUUCACCAAAGACACGCAAAUCG